CUUAAAUACUGCUUUAUUUCCCGAAGUUUCUAUGUUUUAUAUUUUUAAUAACACUAUUUUUAAGUAAUCAAGAAGGAAAUGGUUGUUUAAUAUCUUUUUUUCGGUAAAGCGAAUUCAAGAUGACAAGGAAAUAUUUAAUUCCUUUCCAUAUCAGUUUUCUCCUCAUUUAACAUUUUUAUCAUAUUUUUCUAUGUUUAUAUAUUUUAAUCGUUGAAAGUCUAUAUAUAAUUUGAAAUAAACUUAGUGUUCAUGUUAUUGCACUUCAAGAUAAAGUUAAUAGUCUAAAAGAAGUAAGACGUUGUAGAUAUCUGACUUGGUAAUGGCCUUAAAUUACUUAUUGAUUUGCAGAAAAGGUUUUCAUACGCGUAUUCUUUUGUUUCAUAGAGAGUAAAUAUUUUAGUAAUUUGCUACUUUCUCAAAUUUUGAAAAAAUUAUCAAAAACUUCGACAUUAAUUGCAUAUAUAUUCACCAAGUACUACAAAAAAAAAUGGAAAAUAGCUCACCUGCAGAAAAUAAUAUUUUUAAUUCUUAUUCAUAUGCCGAAAUAAAUUUUAACGAUGGAUUAAGCAAUAGCUUUGAUUCCAAUUCAAAACCAUCCACUAGUAAUGAAAUUCCCUGUGCUCCACGAGUUAAGAGAAAACGUGUCGUCCUGAGUUUGCAACAAAAAAUUGAAAUCUUAAAUAAAUUAGAUAAUGGAGGCAAGGCAAAAGCUAUUGCCCAAGAAUACAAUAUUGGUAUUUCAAGUCUUAAAGAUAUACAGUCAAAAAAAGAUUCAAUUUUAAAGUAUGUCUCUUCGUUUGAGAGUGAGGAUGCGAUGAAAAGAAGAAAAACUAUGAGAAAUUCUAUAAACAAAGAGUUAGAUGAUAAAGUGUAUGAGUGGUAUAUUGAAAUGCAAAAAAAAGGAGAAUUUGUGUCUGGGAGAGAUAUUUGUCAAAAAGCAUUCGAACUAAACAGCACUAUUUAUGGUUCACCAGAUUUUAAAGCUAGUGAAGGAUGGCUGAAGAAUUUUCGAUCACGCCAUGGACUCGAUGUCAACGCAACAAAUCAGAAUUUUAACUUAAAUUGCAAUAAUAAUUAUAUUAAAACAGAUGUCGUUGAAAGUCCAGAAAAUUCCUUUGAAUCUUUUGCAAUGCAAGCUCUACCGCAGAAGCGUAAGCGAGUUGUACUCAGUUUGAAACAAAAAAUUGAUAUCAUUAAAAAACUAAACGAAGGGGCGUCUGUAAGUCAUUUGGCUAGAGAAUAUAAUAUUGGGACAUCGAGUGUUGGUGAUAUCAAAGCAAAACAAGCUAGCAUACUUAAAUUUGUCUCUUGUUUUGAAAGUAUGGAAGUUAUGGAUCGCAGAAAAACAAUGAAGCAAGCGUACAAUAAAAGUUUAGAUGAAGCUGUUUAUAAUUGGUAUUUAGAAACUCAGUAUAAUGGGCAAACUUUGUCUGGACCAGCAAUUUGUGAGAAGGCAUUGGAAAUGAAUAAGUCAAUGGGAGGAUCAUCUGAUUUUAAAGCAAGUAAUGGCUGGUUGAACAAUUUUAAGUCCCGCCAUGGUCUUGAUUUUAAAGUAAUUGGAAAUAAAUGUGAUGAGCUCUAUGAAGAUCCUAAAUCUCCCGAAGAUUGGACUCUAAAUUUGUCAAAUGUUGAUGUGUCUUGUGAGGAUGCUCAUUCUGUAGAAGGGGAUGUCAUACAGUCUCCGUCUGAUAAAUUUUCUGGUAUUGAUUACAGUGAACUCUUACAGUCAUUUGAUUUUGUUUUACACUGGGCUAGCAAGUUUGAUGAAAAUAAGCUAGAUCUCUCAAAUUUGACAAAGCUUCGAGAAAUGGCUUAUGAGAAAGCCAUGUCUGUUGCAUUUAGCAGUGAAGAUUCGGCACCAAUUGGUCGUGUGAUAGAAUGUUCAUCAAAUGAACAAAGACCUGAGUCAGUUCCCUUAGAUGAUAUGCAUGAAAUCGAAAAAUGCGCGAAUUGGAUUAAAAACAAAGGUUUUUCAAAGGUGGCCUUACAGUUUCCGGACAGUCUGCUCGGUGAUGCUGCAUCUGUUGCGUUGAAGUUAGAAGAUUUGACGAAUAAAGAGAUAUUUAUUUUAGGGGAUACCUCAUAUGGAAGUUGUUGCGUUGAUGAAGUUGCUGCAGAGCAUGUUUCGGCUGAUGCAAUUAUUCACUUUGGUCAUGCUUGUCUCAGCCCAACAAAGCGACUUCCUGUUUUAUAUAUAUUUGGAAAGCAUCAUAUUGACAUUAAUGAUACAGUUGAUUCAUUUCAAAGUCUAUUCCCUGAUGAAAAAACUCCUGUUGUCAUCUUAUAUGAAGUCACAUAUUCUCAUGCUAUUAGUAUUUUUGUUGAACAUUUAAAGAAUUAUGAUAAUGUUGUAACAUCUCAAUUGGAAAUACCUGGUGAAGAUGUAAAAUUAAUUAACCAAGAUAAAGCUUUUUCAAAUUUGAUAGCAAAAAAUCACAGACACAUCUUAAUUCCUGAUUCUCAUACAAUUGAUAAUUAUAGCAUAUUUUAUGUUGGCAGUCGUUCUGUGACAUUGACAAAUUUAAUGCUAUCGUUUCCAAACUGUACAUUUUAUUCAUAUAAUCCGAUCCAAAAAAUUGGCAAAGUUGAAAGUUUAGAUGUCAACAGACACCUUAAGAGACGUUAUUAUUACAUUGAGAAAGCAAAAGAUGCAAAAAUUAUUGGUAUUCUUGUUGGAACUUUAGGAGUUUCAAAUUAUCUGUCUACAAUCAAUCACAUUAAAGAACUGAUAAAAAAUGCUGGGAAGAAAUCAUAUACAUUAGUUGUUGGUAAGCUGAAUAGUGCAAAAUUAGCUAAUUUUCCUGAAAUUGAUGUAUUUGUUUAUGUGGCCUGCAUUGAAUCUUCGUUAGUUGAAAGCAGAGACUUCUACCAGCCGAUUGUAACACCAUAUGAGUUAGAAAUUGCUUUAAAUCAAGCUCGUGAAUGGACUGGAGAUUACAUCACUGAUUUUAGUGAAAUAUUGCCAGGUGCAGCUCAUUAUGUUCCUCUUUGUAAGAGUUAUGAAAAUACUGAUGUGUCUCUAGUAACUGGCAGGUUACGUCAUACAGAAUUAUCUACAAACACUGGAAUUUCUGAAUCUUCAGAAACUGCUGUUGCUUCCAGAGAUAAAAUGGAAAUAUCUUCAAUACAUUCUAAAGGAGCAGGGGAGUUUUUACUUCAACGCAGUUGGCAAGGUUUGGAACAAAAAUUAGGUGAAACAUCAAGUGCAAAUAUUGAAGAAGGUCAAAGAGGUAUUGCAUCAAUAUAUGAAGAUGAAGUGACAGAUUGAGUUUUUUUAAUAAUAAUAAAAUGUUUUUAUAUUCUGGUUUAGAAUAAAAAUAAAUAUCUUUUUAUGUUUGGUUUGAA